GAUUAUAUAGUUUAUAUUUUUAAUGGUAAAAAUUGAGAUGAAGUUAUUGGAUAUUUGUGUAUACAAUUUCUGAGGGUUAACAGUUUUACUACACUAUAAUACACAAUUGUUUAGUGACUAUACACACUAUGGUACUAGAGAAUUGAAUUAUAUUUUUGCAGGUACAUAGCAUCUCAAAGGCAUUUUAUUUUAUUCAGUGCCAAGAUUGUGGUGGGAGUCCUAUGCCAUUUAAUUCGUAUUAAAUAGUCUGUAAGCCAUGUUUAGAUUCUAAUCUCUUGGGAAAGGGGAAAAGAGUUGGAAAAAAGUAGUCGGCCUAAUCUCUGAUUAAUGUAGAAGCUUUUGGUUUAUUACAGCCACUGUACUUCCAGUUUUGUUGUUGUGAAUUAUGAAGAUCACUUCUUGUUCAUUGGGGUUUCUCUAACAAGCUUUGAAUCUAUUUUCCAUCAUAAAACCGAAGAGACAGCCAGAGAAAGAGAAUUUCAUUUCUUGUUCAUGGGGGGUUUCUGCUUCUUUCUGCUCUCUGGUCUGUAACUCUUUUGGUCUCUUCUAGACUGUUCACACGAGCAGCAGUUACUUCACCUCUAAGCUUUAAUGGCAAAACUAAAACCAGUCUGCCAUUUCCAUCUUCUUCUCUUCGUGUUAUUGUUCUCUUUUCAUCUUUCAACUCAGCUUCAACCUUCUGAAUCCCAAUCCCUUCUGCAAAUCCGGGAACUUUUAAACUACCCUCAAGCUCUAGCCAACUUCGACAACUUUACAGACUUCUGUGACACUGAAUCCACUCCAUCUCUUACCAUCGUGUGCUAUGAAGGCUAUAUAACUCAGCUCCACAUUGUUGGUGAAGUGGGGCGCCCCACUUUUCAACAAAAUACUUCGGCUGAUUUUUUGUUUUCCACAUUUUCCCAGUUUCCCAAUCUGAAGGUACUAUCUCUGGUUUCUCUGGGUUUUGAGAGGCCAUUGCCUCCAACUGUUGGUAAGCUUUUAUCUCUAGAAAUACUCAACUUAAGCUCAAAUUCCUUCUAUGGCUCCAUCCCGGAGGAACUAUCUUCUUUGAAAAGCCUACAGACUCUCAUUCUUGACUACAAUCAUUUCUCUGGUAAUAUUCCGAGUUGGAUUGAUUCCCUACCAGUAUUAACUACCCUGAGUUUACAGAACAACUCCUUUAAUGGGUCCUUGCCAGAUUCCAUUACCCAUAUGUGGAGCCUUCGAGUUCUUUCUCUCUCGAAAAAUUCUCUUUCUGGGAAGGUGCCAGACCUCAGCAACUUAACGAACAUGCAAGUUCUCGACUUGGGAGACAAUCUUCUGGGGCCCCAGUUUCCUAAAUUGCCGAAGAGGCUAAGUAUACUGGUGCUCAAAAACAACAGAUUUCGCUCGGGUAUCCCAGCUGAGUUAGCCUUCUUAUAUCGCCUUGAAAAGCUUGACAUAUCUUCAAAUAAGCUUGUUGGUCCAUUUCUGGCAUCGCUUUUGGGACUUCCUUCGAUUAAGUAUCUGAAUAUUGGAGGGAACAGAUUAACUGGGCUGCUUUUACGUAACGUAUCUUGCAAUAGUGAUCUUACAUUUGUAAAUUUAUCCUCAAACCUUUUGACCGGAGACUUACCCACCUGUCUUCAGCAAUUGGAGUCCAAGAACAAUGAUGUCAUUUACACUGGAAAUUGCUUGUCAAAUAAAGACCAAGAACAGCACCCCUUAAACUUCUGUCACAACGAAGCUUUAGCAGUGAGUAUUGGGCCACAUAAUCUGGAGCAUAGGAAAGGUCAUCGUGGGGUAAUGACUUUCUUAAGAAUUUUCGGAGGAAGUAUUGCUGGAAUUAUAGUUGUUGCUCUGGUAUUCUUCACGAUGAGAAGGACGUACAAAAUGGGCGUUCUUAAAGAACCACCAACAAGGUUUGUAACAGACAAUUCAUCUGUAACAAACACAGCCAAGCAGCUGUAUGAUGCCAAGUAUAUAUCUCAGACAAUGAAGCUGGGAACUAGCCUUCCUCCUUAUCGAACUUUCACUUUGGAUGAACUUAAGGAGGCCACCAACAACUUUGAUGCUUCGACUUUGAUAAGUGAAAGUACGGAUGGCCAGAUAUUCAAAGGGAUGUUUACUGAUGGCAGUAUCGUUGCCAUUAGGAGUUUAACUUUGAGAAGGCGGCAAACCCCUCAAACCUACAUGCAUCAGUUGGAGUUGAUAUCUAAACUACGACACAGUCAUUUGGUCAGUGCUCUUGGACACUGUUAUGAGUUCCUCCCAGAUGGUUUAACCAUCACCAGAGUAUUCUUAAUAUUCGAGUACUAUCCUUACGGAACGCUAAGAAGCCACGUAUCUGGGCUACCGGGACAAAAGCUCUUUUGGACGAAAAGAAUAUCGGCUGCAAUCGAAGUGGUGAAGGGAAUUCAGUUCCUACAUACAGGCAUUGUGCCUGGUGUAUACUCAAACAAUCUGAAGAUUACAGAUAUUUUACUCGAUCAAGAUCUCCGUGUGAAAAUCAGCAGUUAUAAUUUACCUAUCGUCGUCGAAAACGGUGGAACGAUGAUUUCAGGAGUUUCAUCAACUAGCAGAAAAGGGAAGCGCCAUGCUAUGGAAGUGAAUCACGCAGAUAAGGAUGAUGUGUAUGACAUAGGAGUGAUUUUACUGGAAAUCAUUUUGGGAAGACAGAUCACAUCCCAAAACGAAGUUCAUGUUUCAAGAGAUCUUUUACAGGUAAGCCUAAAAACGGACGAUAUCGCUCGAAAGAGCAUCGCAGAUCCAGCAGUACACAAGGGGUGUUCGGAUGAAUCGCUAAAGACGAUGAUGGAAAUAUGUGUAAGAUGUCUCCAUGACAAGGCAGCAGAUAGACCUUCAGUAGACGAUAUCCUUUGGAAUUUGCAUUUUGCAGGACAAGUUCAGGAUUCGAGCAGAGACAACACUCAGAACAGCCAAAACCCACCUGCAUCACCAUCACCAUCACCAUCACCAUCCUUAUUAAUGCCUUAAAAAGAUGGUACGUACUUACAUUCAUGAACUUGUAAAGCAUCUUAUUUUUCAAGCCCAAUACAUUUAUCUUCUUAGGGAACAAUUGUAGCCUUCUUAAAUUCCACAUUACACUAGCUUAUCCACUUGAAUUUUAUCGUUCGAUUAGUCGAACCCGAGAAACCAAACGUCGGUAAUAGUCAUGCACCAAUUUGAAUCAAUGAAGAUGAAAUCUGAUAGAUAACAGGUGCUGUAUUAACUGAAAGCCAUUUUAGAACAGAUGAGUGGAGGCCUAUAAAUUCCUUUUUU